CGCAGCAUUUUUUUUAAACAUCGCACAGAAACAUAAGGGAACUCAAACAAGAUCAAGUGUUCGGUUCAGUUAUUCAAUCGUCGCGUUUAUUUAUCACGGGAUUGAGUUGGGAGGUGGUAGAGGUGAAGAAGAGAUUACAAGACUCAAGAUACCAGUCUUUGUAAUCUUCUGCACAGUCUCGUCCCGUGAUUGAAUCGAGUAGGAAUAGAUUCUGUUACUUUUUCUUGUUACAGAGGUGCAUUACUUUGUUGACCACCUUAUCGUUUUCAUUAUUAUUCAGCAAAAUAUGAUCUAAGUUCAAAUUAUAAAUAAUAUAAUAAAUGUCAAAGCUACAGUAUUUGAAUCGAAUUUAAAGGUGCUGAUAAGAAAUCGCUGUGUUGUAGAAUUAUUAACGUGACGAACGGUGUUCGCAGAUUACGAGAAUGGAUAUCAUCUUUUUGGCACUAUAUACUCUUUGCAUUGUUGUGUUUUUCGGAAUUCUAUCGAUUGUUCAUAAACAGUAUGUUAUUCGUCAGAAACUCAAAAACGUACCCGAUUGCGGUGGAUAUCCUUUUAUUGGUCUGGUGUUUAAGUUAAUAAAUUUAUCGGAAUAUGAGCGCAUGAAAUGGUUUGAAACGUAUAUGAAACAAUGUAAAGAAGGAAUAUUCGUACAAUGGAUCGGACCUAAACCUUUCGUUAAUGUGUUUAAACCAGAAUAUUUGGAGAUUAUUUUUCCCAGCACCGUGAAUAUCGCAAAGGAUCAUGCUUAUGAUAUGCUGAGACCUUGGUUGGGCAACGGACUUUUGACAUCUACAGGUAAACAAUGGUUUCACGAUAGAAAACUCAUCGGGCCAACGUUUCAUUUUAGUAUAUUAGAUCAGUUUGCUGUGGUGUUGUCUGAGAAAGCAGAGAUUCUGACAAAGUGUCUCGAAAGAAAGUUAGAACGAGAUCCAGGGAAAGCCAUAGAUGUUUUCCCUUUUAUUCUCAAUGCUGCUCUCGAUAUUAUCUGCGAAACGGCAAUGGGUGUGGAUAUACGUGCUCAAGAAACCGAAACUAAAUAUAUAUCGACAGUUCGUCAAGCCUCCGAGUUAGUAAUGGAUCGACUGCUUCGACCAUGGCUGUGGAAUGAUUGGUUGUACGGUUCACUACCUGUAGGAAAACAGCAUAAAUCAACGCUUAAGAUAUUGCAUGAAUUUACAAAUAGGGUGAUAAGUAAGAGAAAAGCUGAACGGCAAUCGCAAAAUAACCAUACGGAACUCGAAAAUGAAGACAAUGAAAUUGAUAUAGGUAAACGAAAGAGGAAAGCGUUCUUAGAUUUAUUGUUAGACCAGAAUGCGAAGGACGAAACCCCAUUAACCGAUGAUGAGUUGAGAGCGCAAGUCGACACGUUCAUGUUUGAGGGACACGAUACAACUGCGGUUGCGAUGUCCUGGGCGCUUUUCCUUUUGGGUAAUAAUCUCGAGCAUCAGGAAAAAGUUCACGAAGAACUCGAAGAGGUUUUCGGAGAUUCAGAAGCACCGGCCAGUGUAAAGGAACUGUCGCAAUUAAAGUAUCUCGACAGAGUCAUAAAGGAGACGCUCCGUAUAUUUCCGAGUGUACCUAUAAUUUCGAGGGGACUAGUAGAAGAUUUAAAAAUAGACAAUUAUACGAUUCCGAAAAAUACCACGGUCGCAUUGCCAAUCAUAUUAGUACACCGAAAUCCGGCGGUCUGGCCGGAUCCAUUAAAAUUCGAUCCGGAUCGCUUCCUUCCAGAAAACUCGAAGACUAGGCAUCCGUACGCCUACGUUCCGUUCAGCGCUGGACCGAGAAACUGUAUAGGCCAGAGAUUCGCUCUACUUGAAGAGAAGACCGUGUUGACCGCUAUUCUCAGGAAGUGGAGAGUGAAAAGCGUAAAAACGGUCGACACGAUUCAAUACGCCGGUUCUCUCAUUUUGCGACCACAUGAAGAAAUAUUCAUACAUUUCACGCCGAAGAAAUAAACAGUUCGAUAGCAAAUUACAGAUUUUUAUACUAGACUGUGAUGGCAAAUAUAUGUUUUUUAUAUCGCGAUUUUCAAACUUUUCCUCAUUAAUCUUCUCUCACUAUGUAAUAUAUAUUGUAAUAUGUAUACGUAACAAUUACAUAUCAUACAUAAUAAUAACAAAAAUCAAUAUUUUUGCAUAUAUAUGCAUAUAUGUAUGAUAUAUUUGUGAAAAAUAUCGUAAAAAUCGUAUGAAUAGAGAUGUCGAUGUAUAGAUAUGCAAUCAUACUUUUAUAAUAAUAAUAAUAAUAAUAGAUUAUCAUUAUUGUUUCAUACAAUCCAGAAUCUUUUCUCACAGUCAGAGAGUAUCUUAAGCUAAUAAAAUAAUUUUGGUGAUAAUUCACAUAUCAUUCAGACAAAAGACGUACAAUCCACAAUAUUACAACAAACAUUUGAUAAAUCAGAUCAUGAAUGUUUUUAAGAAUCAAAGCAUAUAAUGUUCUUUGUAUGUAAAAUUCUUUUGAUGUUAAAAAUAGUAUGAUAAAAUUCGAAACAAGAUUAAUUAAUGGUAUAGCUAACAAAUUACAAUAAUUAAUAAUUAUUUAAUACGUUAAAUAAUUAUUACUUUUUAAAUAAUUUCAGUUUUGGAAUCUCACAAAAUGUAUAGAUUUUCUACCGGUUUAAGGAUGCUAGAGCCUAGAAUACAGAAUGCCGUAUAUUACACAACGAGGUAAACAAGGAAUUAGUUUUAAUGAAGUAAACAAGAAUUUGAUUCUAACAUUUGGAGAAAUUCCAUUUUUCUUGUGAAUCUCUGAUUAUACGUGCUCAUUUCUAAGUCUUAAAUCUCCUUAUGUCUAAUUCCUUGUUCUCGUGAUUUCUUAUGUUUAAUUCUUUAUUGUUCUGUUCGUCGUUUAUCGUUACAAAUGUGUGAAGCCAGUUUGGAUAAUUCAUGCCAAUGCAAAUGCAAAUGCUCGAUCAUUUACUUUCAUUUGGAUUUUUGUAGCGUAUGAUUUCUAGUUUAAGUGUAAAUAAAUACACAACAUCAAUUGAUAA